GAGCGCGACGUGCCGCGUAAUGCCACAUCUGGAGACGCUUCCCACCGCCACCGAGCUCAACUUCAGCUGCGCAAAACUCGCAGGCAUUUGCGACUUAACCUGCGCGUCACAUUCUCUUGAUAGUAAGUGGUUCGAGUCCAGGUCGGCGUUCCUCUCUCUCUCGCUCUCUCUCUGUACAUUUUUUUUAUCUUCUUCAAAAUUUUACAUUACCAUUUGUAAACACAGCCUGAGACUUCCAUCCAUUCAGAGCUGUUAGCCACGCUUACCAUUUCUGCGUAAAACACGAUUUUAGUCAUGCUUUUUGGAGAAACCUUAAAAGUACUGGUGUAGUUGUGCAUUGAUUAAAUUGAAAAGCACACUCCCAGAAGCAUACGCUCUGCUCUGUCACAAAAUUGCUAAUAUUUACUUUUGAAUGCAAAAAGUAAACCCUGUGUGAGAUUCUGGCUGCGGUGCGUUAUGGUGACAUGCGUCAGAGAGGAGCGCAGUUGUGAAAUUCAACAGCCUCUGGUGAUGGAGGAUGAGUCUCACUCUUAUUUUAGUUCAUGUUUAUUUAUUUGUGUUCCGAUUCCAGCUCUGAUUUAGAGUUUGGAAGAGUGGAAGAAACCCAAAAGGCGCGCGCAGCUCCACACUGAAGUGUUUAAGUGAAGUUUGCGGGUAAAUGAUAUUAAAAAAAAAAAGACCUAAAAAUACAGCGUUGGUUUUCUUUCCCCUACAAAGAAUCAUUUGAACUUCCCACUCCAGUGAGAGAGAGCGACAUAAAUAGUUCUGACAUGUGGAUGUAAUUUCAGAAGAGGAAAAAAAAAAAAAAAAAUAGACAGAUGCAGAGAAAUAAGGCGAGCGGGCUGAACCGGACCAUAUUGUAGAUUAUAGGAAAUUAAAUCGAGACGAUUACAGAGUUAUGAUUGCACAAACCGCCAGAAGCACCGAGAGCCCACAUGGAGUAAAAAGACACAUCUCGCUCCACUUUGAAGAGAGUUAAAUAGAUUAAAUCCUCGAUUCUGAGCUCCUUUUACGCUCGUUUAAAUCGAGCGAGAAGAAGAAAGAAGAAGAAGAAGAAGAAGGGCUUUUGGGAGGUAGAGUCGCCUCAGGUCAGGGAUGGGAUCCUCCCUGCUGCUGCUCCACAACCUGGACUUUGUGCUCAUCUCACUCUUCAGCACUGUGUGCCUGGUUUAUGCAGAUGACGUUUUGACAAAAGAGGAGCAAAUAGGCCUUUUGUUCACGGCUAAACAAAAAUGUGAGAGGAACAUCAAGUCCAAGGCUAAAAUUCCAGAUGGUUUCUGCUCACCAGAGUGGGAUGGCAUUGUUUGCUGGCCUGAAGGACCUCCUGGAAAACUUGUGUCCACAUCUUGUCCAGACUACAUCUACGACUUUAACCAUAAAGGGCUGGCAUACCGUCGAUGUGACAACAAUGGAACGUGGGAGCUGGCCUCGGUCAACAAGACAUGGGCCAAUUAUAACGAAUGUGCAAAAUUCCUUUACCAUUACAACUAUAGCCAUGAAAAGGAGGUCUUUCACCGUUUGUAUCUCAUCUACACAGUCGGGUACUCCAUCUCUCUUGGAUCUCUCAUGGUGGCUGUUGUCAUCCUGGGUUAUUUUCGACGGUUGCACUGUACCAGAAACUACAUCCAUAUGCACUUAUUUGUGUCCUACAUGCUACGAGCUGUAAGUAUAUUUGUGAAAGAUGUCGUUCUCUACUCUGGAUCUGCACUGGAGAACAUGGAAAGAGUCACGGUGGAAGACCUCAAGUCCAUCACGGAAGCUCCGCCAGCCAACAAAAUGCAGUUUAUUAGCUGCAAGGUGGUCGUGACCUUGUUCAUGUAUUUCCUGGCAACCAAUUACUACUGGAUCCUCGUGGAGGGUCUUUACCUCCACAGCCUCAUCUUCAUGACUUUUUUCUCUGACAAAAAGUAUCUUUGGGGAUUUACUCUAAUUGGAUGGGGAGUACCGGCUGUGUUUGUAACCAUCUGGGCAAUCGUAAGAGCCAUGCUUGCCGACACAGAGUGUUGGGACUUAAGUGCAGGCAAUUUGAAAUGGAUAUAUCAAGUGCCAAUCCUGGUGGCUGUGGUGAUUAAUUUUUUAUUAUUUCUGAACAUCAUCAGAGUCCUGGCAACUAAACUACGAGAAACAAAUGCUGGAAGGUGUGACACCAGACAACAGUACAGAAAACUGUUGAAGUCCACGCUGGUGCUGAUGCCUCUGUUUGGUGUCCACUACAUCAUAUUUAAUGCCAUGCCGUAUACAGAGGUGUCUGGGAUACCUUGGUUGAUACAGAUGCACUACGAGAUGCUUUUCAACUCUUUCCAGGGUUUUUUAGUUGCAAUUAUAUACUGCUUUUGCAAUGGAGAGGUGCAAGCUGAGAUCAAAAAGUCUUGGAGCAGAAGAACUCUGGCCCUUGACUUUAAAAGAAAAGCUCGAAGUGGCAGUAAUACUUACAGCUAUGGACCAAUGGUAUCACACACCAGUGUUACCAACGUCACAGCCAGAGGACCGCUGGCCCUUCACCUCAGCACGAGACUGGGACCGGCGCCUGUAAAUGGCCACAGGAACCUGCCUGGAUACGUAAAGAAUGGCUCCGUCUCAGAGAACUCCAUACCUUCAUCGGGACAGGAGCUCCACAUUCCUGAAGAGGAGCACUCAGCUCAUACGCGACCCAGCGAGGAAGAAAAACCCCCGCCUGUCGUGGAGGAGGAACGAGAAACGGUCAUGUGA